UAUUCUGGGUUUCUGUACUGUGUAGUUGGUAGAAAUUGUCCCUCGUUUCAGAGUAGCUUACUCCUUUCGGCAUCAGAUUGAUUUUAAGCACCAAAUAUAUUAUAAAAAAUAAACAAGCGCCUCUGAAAUGUCGGCCAAAAAUGGCACACCAUUCAUAUUGCAAUAAUCGUGGUUCCUUGGUGGGGACUUUUGAAAUGAAUUUAUAUCAUUGAUUUCUCUUCAUUAAUAACUAUCGAAUUGUAAAAAUAUGUGUAUGUAUGUACUACUGGCACUAACUGUGGUGCUGUAGGUCAAUAUGUCAUAUCUAUGGUGUUACUCAUGGCAGUUGAUAGUUGAUGUGCGGUAAGUGCCUGCGAAUGUAAUCUGUGUAAUCCGUGUCGGAAAGUAAAUGAUUAUUCGUUCUAUAACUGAGUUUCUUGAUUAGUAUGAUGUGGUGUAGCUGAAUGCUGAAGACUGAAAAAAUUACAAUGACAGACAGACGUUUGGGGUAUAAUUGUGCGGGAUGUUUUGUGUGUGAGGGGUCAUUGGUGAGGUGGCUGUGAUGUUGGUGCUUGGCACAUCAUUCAUUGUCCCUGCAGUGUUGUCAUGUCCUAUACGGAACUGGAGCAUGGCUACCAGGGCCUCCGCAGAGGACGUCCAGCCUUCUAUGUUUGUGUUGAUGGCAAUGGGUGCCCAGCUGUAAGGGCAGCCAAAAACAGAGGCGACCUGACAGAAUUAGGUGAUGAUGAUCUGGUUGCGGGAGAGGAGGGGAAACAGGUGGUGGUGGGGGUGUGUGCCAUGGCCAAGAAGUCGCAAUCAAAGCCAAUGCGAGAGAUUCUGAUGCGCCUGGAGGAGUUUGAAUAUCUGAAGAUGGUGGUGUUUCCAGAGGAGGUUAUCUUAAAGGUCUCAUUUAUCUGAAAUAUUCGUCGCUUGUUGAUUAGGGUGGAACAAAGCACUUUGGGAAGCUGUCCAUAUGAGAAACGUUUUUGGCUGCCAUGUCCUACAUGGUACAGGAAACACUCUGUUGCCUCAGACCCAAUGCUGAGUCACAAGAAAAAGAUUUGAAUUAAAGAAUAUAACAGCAAGACCCUUAUCUAACUAUCUGAAUUCCUGCCUUUCUCUUCUCGGUUUGAAGUGCUUCAAUCAAAAUUGAGAACUAAAUUGAUCAUUAUUGUAUGUAGUUUGACAUGUAUCAUACUAAAAAAGGGUUAAAAUCAGAUUGGGGUACAAAACUGAACAUCACUGUAUAGGGAUUGGUACUACUAUUUCAUGUUCAAGAAAUUCACUUUUCAAGUUUGGCUGCAGGGUUAGCUUUCCUGAUAGGUUUCAUGCAAUUUUAAACAGUGCUUUCUUAUGUAUGCUGAGAUAAUUUUCAAGAAACUACUAUGAUGUAUUUCUCUUACAGCCUUUCAAACUCAGUAUCUAUAAUUAUCUGAAUUAUACGAUCUCUGCAGUUAACACAGCAUCAUUAAUGAAGCUAAAAGUCACUUUAACCCCUUUUUAUCAAACUGGAAAUUGCAGGCAUAUUGGUGUCUGUGUAACAGAAAUCUGAAAGUGCUUGAUUUUUGUUGCACAGAGUAUGCCUCUCUUUUUCAUUAUUUUCAAGUUUUAAAUGGAGUAAGACCAAUAUUGAUUUCUAUUUUGUAUAAGGAAGAUAGAUCUGUAAAGAAAUUAGUAUGUACCUAAAUCUUAAUUUAGUUCAGUACUAGAACCUGUCAUGUAUAAUAAUUUUUAUGCAUAUAUUGGUUAGCAAUACAAAGACAGUCUAGUUGGAAGAUGAUUCUGAUAUAUCUGGGGUGAGUAUUUGUAAGGAAUGCUCUUUGUCAUGGGCCGAACAAGUUCUGUGGACUUCUGUUGUAAGAACUCAGUUUGGUUUCACCUUACAGGUUUCCCUCUCAUUUAAAGGAAAUAAGCUUGUCUUGACAUAAUGGGACAAUGGCAGUGUUCCCUGUAUGCCAUUUGUUGUUCAGUGUAGCAUGUUUUGUUGCACCCAUUCAACACUGGUGUGAAUGUGCCUUGAGUGAAAUGUCUUCUUGCAUGCAGACCCAGUGAACAAUUUUCUACGCAUACUAGAGCUUUUAAAAACAUGUGAGAACUGAUCAGAAACUAUCAGACUGAAAUACAAAAACUGAGAUACA